ACAGCAAAUUUGAUUUGAUUUGAAACCCUUCCAAUUCCAAUAUAAACCCCUUUCUAUUCUUCUCACUGAAUUAUUCUUCUUCUCACCCACCGCUUACAACAUGGCUUUGCCGAAUCAGCAAACUGUUGAUUACCCUAGCUUCAAGCUCGUAAUCGUCGGUGAUGGAGGCACAGGAAAAACAACCUUCGUAAAAAGGCAUCUCACCGGUGAAUUCGAGAAGAAAUAUGAACCAACUAUUGGUGUGGAAGUUCACCCUUUGGAUUUUUUUACAAACUGUGGUAAGCUUCGGUUCUACUGCUGGGAUACUGCUGGACAAGAGAAAUUUGGUGGACUCAGAGAUGGAUAUUAUAUCCACGGGCAAUGUGCAAUAAUCAUGUUUGAUGUUACUGCCCGAUUAACAUACAAAAAUGUUCCUACCUGGCACCGUGAUCUCUGUCGGGUCUGCGAAAACAUCCCAAUUGUUCUUUGCGGUAACAAGGUUGAUGUUAAGAACAGGCAAGUGAAGGCAAAGCAGGUUACUUUCCACAGGAAGAAGAAUUUGCAGUACUAUGAAAUAUCUGCUAAGAGCAACUAUAAUUUUGAGAAGCCUUUCCUGUACCUUGCCAGGAAACUUGCAGGUGAUCCUAACUUGCACUUUGUAGAAUCUCCUGCAUUGGCUCCACCAGAAGUUCAAAUUGAUUUGGCUGCACAACAACAGCAUGAAGCCGAGCUAGCCGCAGCUGCUAAUCAACCUCUUCCUGACGAUGAUGAUGAUGCAUUUGAGUAGGACGUUUGCUUCUCUGAGCCAUAUUUUCCCGAGUUUUUACUGGUAUUUGUGUAUGCUGCUACAUAUGUGUUUUUGGUGGUUGUAUUAUUGACAUUUUUGGACGUGGAUUUGAGGAUUUAAAUUCAAUCUCUAUGAUAUGUUUUACUUAAAUAUGAAAAUCUCCUUAGCCAACCAUGUUAUUCAGU